AGAUAGAUCCGGAGCGUCCGGCCCCUUUAAGCCCGUAAGAGCACGCCUCGUCUCCUACGCAGGCGGAACCAAGCCUGGGGACUGGAGGGCUAAAGCAAGGAGGAAGUGAAUGGCCGGCCUUCCUUUCCUCCCCUUCCCGAAAGAAGGGAAUGGGAGUCAGCGUUGCCUUUCCUGACAAGGCCGGGGUCCUACCCUGGCUUUUCGUGUGCUCCCCGAAGAAACCACGUUUCCUCGGCUGCACGUCCCGACUGCGGAGUCGAUGAAACCAACGGGUGCCUCCGCUCUGUCUCCGGCGCCGCUACCACCCGGCCGUAGUUCUGAAAUUGCCCAGUGCUUUGCCGCCUGCUUUUAGCGUGGGGUUUUUAUCCUGCAUGCUGCUGAGCUGCCCCGUCUGGCUGCUUGACCCUCGGCGAGCAGCAUUCCCACGUCCGGGAGCACUCCUCCAUUCCUUUCCAUCAUGAACAGGGUGCAGCUGAAACGCUCGGCGAUCCUGAAGAUGGCCCUCACCGGGUCCUCGGAGCCCCUGCUCCAGCAGGAGAAGGAGGACGGGGAAGUGAACAGCGGCGGCAGGGAGCCGCCGUUCUUGUUCCGGGCUAUACGGAUCGCCGCGGUGGUCUCCCUCUAUUGGUUCAUCUCCAUCACCAUGGUCUUCCUCAACAAGUACCUGUUGGACAGCCCGUCGCUGCGCCUGGACGCGCCGCUCUUCGUCACUUUCUACCAGUGCCUGGUCACCGUCCUCAUCUGCAAGCUCCUCAGCUUCCUGGCCUCCUACUGCCCGCCGGGUUACCUGGACUUCCCCUCCCUCCGCAUGGACCUGAAGGUGUCCCGCAGCGUCCUUCCUCUCUCGGUGGUCUUCAUCGGCAUGAUCACCUUCAACAACCUGUGCCUCAAGUACGUCGGCGUGGCCUUCUACAACGUGGGGCGCUCGCUCACCACGGUCUUCAACGUUCUGCUCUCGUACCUGCUGCUCAAGCAGACCACUUCCCUGUACGCUCUUUUGGCCUGCGGAGUGAUCAUCGGUGGCUUCUGGCUUGGUAUAGAUCAAGAGGAAGCGGAAGGCUCUCUGUCAUGGGCCGGCAUACUUUUUGGCAUCCUGGCCAGCCUCUGUGUCUCACUCAACGCAAUUUACACUAAAAAAGUACUGCCUGCCGUGGACAGCAGCAUCUGGCGCCUGACGUUUUAUAACAACAUCAAUGCCUGUGUCUUGUUCUUGCCACUGAUGCUGCUCUCUCGUGAGUUCUCUGCGCUCUACCAUUUUGAUAAGUUGGGGAGCAUGAACUUCUGGUGCAUGAUGAACCUGAGUGGGGUGUUUGGCUUUGCCAUUGGUUAUGUGACAGGGCUUCAAAUCAAAUUUACCAGCCCACUCACUCACAAUGUAUCAGGGACUGCAAAGGCAUGUGCCCAGACAGUGAUAGCUGUCUUUUACAAUGAAGAAACCAAGAGCUUCUUGUGGUGGACUAGUAACAUGAUGGUUCUAGGUGGCUCUUUUGCCUACACGUGGGUGAAAGGGCUGGAGAUGAAGCAGGUUCAGGCAGAACCUCUUCCCAGAACUAAUGAGAAGAAUGAGACUGGUGUCUAAACAUUCCCAUCCUGCUUCUCAGUGUGGGCAUGGACUGCCUCCAUGCAUGUGUGCGUGGAGUGAAAUUCAACUGGGAAGAGAGCCAGGGUUUGGAGCCCGCAAGGCAGGAAAAUCUUGUGGCUGCAAAUAUGUGCAGAUGGAAGGAAGAAGAUGAACCAAGCUUCCCACAUUUAGUGGUAGUUGCAGUAUAUUUAUGGGAAAAGGAGAAAUGUUUACAACUUAUUUUCAAUGAAGAAGGUGGAAUGUGUUGGUGGUGGGAUCAGAUAAGGGUCCUUUUGAGCUCAGAUAAGGGUCCUUUUGUUAAUUAAGGCACGCUUGAUAAUGGAUAGUGUGCACCCAUUUUCCCCUUGAUAAAAGAUAUGCAUGCUGCUAUGACAACAGCAAAUAUUAUGUUUAAUUCAGUCAAAAACAGGUGAAUCAUGGCUCUACUGACUAUUGAGCAGAAUACAUUCUCUGUAAGUACACCUAUUCUCUUGCUCACUAUUCUUAGAAAACACACUUAGCAAUCCAAUAUACUUGCUGAGGGGAUGGCUAAGAACACUCAGCUGGAACCAUCCAAGGUUGGUGUGCUGCCCCAAUGGAGCAAAUUUGAGCUAAAAAAAUAAAAUGUUACAAGCUUACAAGCUUUGACAACAAAUUGAAAUAAAUUGGAGACACUGAAGCAUACACAUUUGUGCAUUGUGUAGCAUUUUGGCUGAUGCCCUUUUUUUAUUCACCAAGUUUAUUUUUCAGGAGGUUAUCAUCCCUCUGGGCCACCUCACUAGAAAGGAGUUUAACAUGAGAAAAUACGAGAGAGAUUUUGACAGUGCUGUUGUCUAGUUUCAAAAUUUACUGAGAAAUUCCAGCUCUUAACUGAACAGUUGUUUCGAUACAAUGUACCGUCCUUCUCCAAUUGCUAAUGAAGCAGGAGAUGCCAAUGGCUGGCUUGACCUACUUUUAGUAAACUCUGAAGACGCUGAAAUGGCAGCAUGCCCUUUUUUGAGUAAGAGGAUUUUCCCCAUUUAAUACACUCUCUUCUUGAGUCUUCAUGGGCUCCAGGAGCCCAAAUCCCAUUGGAAUUUUUAAUUCUCUUUUUUGCCUUUAGCUUUUGACUGUACCCCAUUUUCCAUUUCUUUAAUUUUGUACUGAGAAAUGAAUCUUCCACUAUUGAUCUUUGAUUGUUAAAUUUAGUUUAAUAAAAGUUUGGUUUGGUAUU